AUGUCAGCUUCCAUGUCUGAUCCCACCAUGAAACAAACCAACAUCUUCCAAGAUAUUCUUGUAAGUUCUUACUCAAGAAGAUUACUACUUGAUCAAUCACCAAGUCCACCACCGUCCCCAUAUGUAGAAGAUAACAACUUUGAUGCAAAUGUUGUUAUGGUCCUAUCAGUCCUCUUGUGUGCAUUUCUUUGCUCACUUGGACUCAAUUCUAUUAUUAGAUGUGCCUUGAUGUGCUCCAAUUUAGCACCAUCUGAAGCUGGUGCCAACCAAACAGAAGCUCGCUUGACCAAUACAGGAGUGAAACGGAAAGCCUUGAAGAGUUUCCAGACAUUAAGUUACUCUGCUGAUUUGAAUCUUCCUGGACUAGACACAGAUUGCGUCAUAUGUCUCUCAGAGUUUGUAUCCGAAGAGCGUGUGAAGCUGCUUCCGAUAUGCCACCAUGGAUUCCAUGUCCGGUGUAUAGACAAAUGGCUUAGUUCACACUCAUCAUGUCCCACCUGCAGACACUGCCUCAUCAAGACUUGCGAGAAGAUUGUCGACUGUAGCCAAACAAGGUCGUUAAAUCCUACUCCACCACCACAAGACAGUAUCAUCGUACAAAUAGCACCGCUACAACCAGAAAGAUGGAUACGCUGUUUUAGGUGA